AAAUUUAAAUCGCGCCGGCCGGCCGCACGCGCCGCACAGUCCCCUGGCCGCCCGCGGUGGACGACUCGAGCGCCGUGGCCGCGCACACGCUGACGGGAGCCCCGCACCGCCGCCUGUGGAACCCGGAGCCGGCUUUCUCGCUUUCUCUCUCUGUCUCGAGACCAUGUCCACCAACGAGAAUGCUAACUCACCGGCCGCCCGCCUUAACAGGUUCAAGAAUAAGGGAAAAGACAGCACAGAAAUGAGGCGGCGCCGCAUCGAAGUUAAUGUGGAACUGAGGAAAGCAAAGAAGGAUGACCAGAUGCUGAAAAGGAGAAAUGUCAGCUCGUUUCCUGAUGAUGCUACUUCUCCACUUCAGGAAAACCGCAACAACCAGGGCACUGUUAACUGGUCUGUUGAUGACAUUGUGAAAGGCAUAAACAGCAGCAGUUUGGAAAGCCAGCUGCAGGCCACUCAAGCUGCUAGAAAAUUACUUUCUAGAGAAAAACAGCCCCCCAUAGACAACAUAAUUCGGGCUGGUUUAAUUCCCAAAUUUGUGUCCUUCCUGGGAAGAAGUGAUUGUAGCCCCAUUCAGUUUGAAUCUGCAUGGGCGCUCACUAACAUUGCUUCUGGGACGUCAGAACAGACCAAGGCUGUGGUAGAUGGAGGUGCUAUUCCAGCAUUCAUUUCUCUGUUGGCAUCUUCCCAUGCUCACAUCAGCGAACAAGCUGUUUGGGCUCUUGGAAACAUUGCAGGUGAUGGCUCUGUUUUCCGAGACUUGGUUAUCAAGUAUGGUGCAAUUGAUCCAUUGUUGGCUCUCCUCGCGGUUCCUGAUAUGUCAUCUUUAGCAUGUGGUUACUUGCGUAAUCUUACUUGGACACUGUCAAACCUUUGUCGUAACAAGAAUCCUGCACCCCCACUAGAUGCAGUUGAGCAGAUUCUUCCUGCUUUAGUUCGUCUUCUGCAUCAUGAUGAUCCAGAAGUGUUAGCAGAUACUUGCUGGGCCAUUUCCUAUCUGACUGAUGGUCCAAAUGACCGGAUUGAAAUGGUUGUGAAAACAGGAGUUGUACCCCAACUUGUGAAGCUUCUACGAGCUACUGAAUUGCCAAUUGUGACCCCUGCACUAAGAGCCAUAGGAAAUAUUGUUACUGGGACAGACGAACAGACUCAGGUUGUAAUAGAUGCAGGAGCACUUGCCGUCUUUCCUAGCCUGCUAACGAACUCCAAAACUAAUAUUCAGAAGGAGGCUACCUGGACAAUGUCAAACAUCACUGCUGGGCGCCAAGACCAGAUACAGCAAGUUUUGAAUCAUGGAUUAGUCCCGUUUCUUGUUGGUGUUCUCUCUAAGGCAGACUUCAAGACACAGAAGGAAGCUGUGUGGGCCGUGACCAACUAUACAAGUGGAGGUACAGUCGAGCAGAUUGUGUACCUUGUUCACUGUGGCAUAAUAGAACCGUUGAUGAACCUACUGACUGUUAAAGACACCAAGAUUAUUUUGGUUAUCUUGGAUGCCAUUUCAAAUAUCUUUCAGGCUGCUGAGAAACUAGGUGAAACUGAGAAGCUCAGUAUAAUGAUUGAAGAAUGUGGAGGCUUAGACAAAAUUGAAGCACUACAAAACCAUGAGAAUGAUUCUGUGUAUAAAGCUUCACUAAAUUUGAUUGAGAAGUAUUUCUCUGUAGAGGAAGAGGAAGAUCAAAAUGUUGUCCCAGAAACUACCUCUGAAGGCUUUGCAUUCCAAGUCCAGGAUGGCACCCCUGGGACAUUUAACUUUUAGACUUCACAGCCAGACGUAACAUUGUUUGUGUACUAUGUUUGGUAUAAGUUUGUCUUACUGUUUCUUUACUAAGAACUCUUUUUCAAUGUGGUUUGUCAUUGUAGCACUUUUUACAACGAAACUAUACUUGAACAGUUCCCAAACUGUACAUACUGUAUGAAGCUUCUCCUCUAAAUGGAUUUCUUAUUUCUAUGUGGAAUUUCUUAUCUUGCAGUGCCCUGUAAAUAAAGAUUAAAUUCCACCCUUUAA